GCGCUGUUCCCGGCGGCUCGCUCUGUGCUGCUCACAAGCUAACGUUAGCUAGCAAGCUGUCAGGCUGUCUAGCGGAGAGGCUGGGACGGACGUUUCAGCUUCCCCCUUGACCACACACAUCUCCGGCCCGUAAACCCACAAGAAAACCUGUUAAAACAUAUCCUGAAGAUCGCCAGCUGAGAUAAUGUAAUGCAUCACGGGUGCGCGCAAAGAGGGACCUCCGCACUUACCCCGUUCACAUGAGACGCGAGUGACGCUGCUCACUGCUACCUGCGGCUAGCCUAGCCUAGCAUAGCUGCACCGCCGCAACCCCCCCUGCUCCGUCGGCUUAGCUUCCUGAGGCGAGCCCGUCCUGGUCACCUCCACAGUCUCCGUCGCUGUCAGCUGGUAUAUCAGAUAUUUGGUCUUUAGAGAGACACGAUGGGUGCUUUUCUGGACAAACCAAAGAUGGAAAAAUACAAUUCCCGUGGUGAGGGCAACGACCUGAGGUAUGGGCUGAGUAGCAUGCAGGGUUGGCGAGUAGAGAUGGAAGAUGCACACACAGCAGUAAUCGGUCUGCCUCAUGGUCUCGACCCCUGGUCAUUCUUUGCUGUUUAUGAUGGGCAUGCUGGCUCUCAGGUGGCCAAGUACUGCUGUGAGCACCUGCUGGAGCACAUCACCAGCAACUCAGACUUCCAGAGUGCUUUGCAGGAGGACACCUCCGUAGAAAGCGUGAAGAAUGGGAUCCGCACAGGAUUCCUGCAGAUUGAUGAACACAUGCGAACCAUCUCCGAGAAAAAGCAUGGCGUUGACCGCAGUGGUUCCACCGCAGUGGGAGUGAUGAUUGCUCCGAACCAUAUCUACUUUAUCAACUGUGGCGACUCACGGGGACUCCUCAGCCGGGGCGGAGCUGUGCACUUCUUCACACAGGAUCACAAACCCAGCAACCCUUUGGAGAAGGAAAGGAUCCAGAAUGCCGGUGGCUCAGUCAUGAUCCAGCGAGUUAAUGGGUCUCUAGCUGUGUCUCGGGCUUUGGGAGACUUCGACUACAAGUGUGUGCAUGGAAAAGGUCCGACAGAGCAGCUUGUGUCCCCGGAGCCCGAAGUGUAUGCAAUAGAGAGAUGCGAGGCGGAAGAUGAAUUCAUUAUACUAGCUUGUGAUGGCAUCUGGGAUGUCAUGGCCAAUGAAGAACUGUGUGACUUUGUCAGGUCAAGGCUAGAGGUGACAGAUGAUCUUGAAAGAGUCAGCAAUGAAAUUGUUGACACCUGCUUGUACAAGGGAAGCCGAGACAAUAUGAGUGUUGUGUUAAUCUGCUUUCCUGGGGCACCAAAGGUAUCUCCAGAAGCAGUGAAACGGGAGGCUGAGCUGGAUAAAUAUCUGGAGGGCAGAGUAGAAGAGAUUAUUAAAAAGCAGGGGGAUGAAGGUGUCCCGGAUUUGGUCCAUGUAAUGCGGACGUUAGCGUCUGAGAGCAUCCCUAACCUCCCCCCCGGAGGAGAGCUGGCAAGCAAACGAAGUGUUAUUGAGUCAGUGUACAACAAACUCAACCCUUACCGGAGUGAUGACACAGACUCUGCGUCCACAGACGACAUGUGGUAACACAACCUCCUACCACUAACACAGCAUAGAGUUUACAAACCACCAUCCUCUCAAGACCCACAGCAGCUCAGCUCAGCAGUCUGUCUCUCCGUCACUCUGAGCUUUUGGUUUCUAAGAAGGGAAUUUCAUGGGAGGAGGAAGAGGAGGAGGAGGAGGAAGAAGAAGAGGAGUUGCAUGCACACAAACCUGGAAUAGUGCAGCAUCAGUCCACUCUGGAGUUCAGGAUCCCCACCGUCUUGUCUCCCCCUUUAUGUUCACCCACCCUAAUGCUCUCCUCUAAAGAAAUCCAUAACAAGUUGAGUCCCCAAAGUUUUCUUUCUUUUUGUUAAAUAAUCAGCUUAAGUAGUAAGAUUUUUUUUUUUUUGCUGUAAUUAAUUUGAUUCACAUUUCCUUGUGUGUGUUUGUAUAUUUCUGUUUUUGUGAAGUGCAAUUGUCCUGUACAAACAGCCUGUAUUUAAUGCAGCUUGAUUUUAAGUUAAAAAAUGAAAGAAAUGAAAAAGAGAACCUUUUAUGCACUAUCUGCCUUUUCCUGCUCUUCUGGAAUUGUAACAAAAGUCUAUUCAGUGAAUAUUACUGCUUGUCCUCCAGGCACAAUGUCUCUGCGCUUUUACUUUCCUUAUUUUUUUUAGUUAGUCUUUGCUCCUUUAAAAGAAACGGGUAAAUUGUAUAGUUGACAGCACAGUAAGCUCUCUAUAUCAAACCAUUUAAAUCCUAAUUAUUUUUUUCCCUGUGCUUUUUUAUUGUAUUUUAUUUUUGUAAGUGGUUUUCUCUACAUGCUCAAAUAAUAAUGGCAAAGUGUUUCUCAGUCAUUGUGGAAGUUUGAAGUGACAAAUAAUCUUUUUUAUUUUUGUUCAUUUCUUCGACUCAUUUAAUGAAAAAAAGACCCCUGUUAACACGUUUGUCUGUGCAAAUAGUUACUCUCAAGCGUGAAUGGGUGCUCGUGUGUAUGUAUGUGCGCACGUGUGUCAGUGUAAAGGCAGAUCUGUUUGUGCAACUCUAAUUUAAAUGUCCCAUGGUGGUUCAGACAACAGACCAGGAUGGAGUUUAAGGGAAAUGCUCUCCCAACGCUUACCCACAUUGUCUGCUCUUUUUCAGCCAGUGUUCCAUAUCAACCCAACAUAAGCUUUCACUACUUCUUAUUCCAAAAAGCUUUGGAUAACAGAGUUUACAUGCUGUUAUGCUGUUUGAACAACUUCAAGCUAUAUAUCAUAACUAUACAGUAACCUGAGAUGACACAAGUAGUUUAAUUUAACCCUGGUGUACAAUGCAUCGAAUCUAGUCGAGUCGAGACUAGUUUACACAUCGAUUGUGUCAUAUUUCAAUAUCACUUUCUAAACAAACAUUGUUACCAGUGCCCACUGUGGGUGCAAUAUGAUUUAUAAUCACAGCUUUAUGACAGCCUAUGCCAAGUUUCUUUUUCAUGAGAAUCUUUUUUUUUUUUUUUUUGUGGUACAGAUAGAUUUUUAGCUUCUACCUUAAACAUCUGGUAAUUUGACUGAUAUGAACAGUUUAUUCACUGACUAUUUUAGAGAAAAUCACCCAUUACCAGUCCGAUGAAAGGACAAAACUUACAAGAUAUUGACUCUUAAACUUACAAGUCUAUUUUUUAUUCUUCACAUGGACUUCAGCUGGACAUUCAAACCAAGAACAAAUCUGCUAACUGCAAUGAGUUCUCAUGGUUGUAUAGCACCUUUUUAUUCCCAUUUGAUUUUGCUCCGCCUCCCCCACGGCACCACAAGCCACAGCACAAUACAGUUUGCUGUUAUAGUGUAUGACCUGUGGGUUUUUUUUUUUUUUUUUUUUGGUUAAUUUCCUCCCUUGAAAAGAUGAAUAGUCCCUAACUAAAUCUGUAUUUAACACACAAACACACACAGUAGAUAUAUUUCUUGAAGAGAAAUGGUUUAAUUUCAGAUUUAUUUUCUGCCAUUUUUUUUGUCUAAAAUUGCAUUGUUGGAAAUUUAUGUAUGUAUAUAUUUUUGACUUAAACUUUCAAGGAAUAAAUCAUGUCGCUUGAUUUAGUUUUUUGCCAUGGACAAAAUGUGAUGGUGGUUUGUCUUGGGAUGGUUAGUUCAAUAUUUGUGCUUCAAUUUAAGCUUUCCCCUUAAUCACUUCGGUGUCCCUCUGAUCAACACAGAGUUUGAACUGAUUCUUUUACAAAAUACACAAUAAUAAUGUACAAAAUAUGUAACUUCAUUUAUAGAAAUGACAAUCCUAACUAUUUCACCGCAUUUAGGUUUCUGGUGGUUGCAAAAGAUUCAAUCUUAACAAAACACAGAACUUUAUCUUGAACUAUCUGCUUUCUAAUAUGCUUUUGUGGCAAAACGGCCAAAGACAUUCAAACAAAGUGCGAUGUCUAUAUCAGAAGAAGUAACAAUAUAAAGGAAUACAAACCUGUAACCCUGUAAAAGAUGUUAAAAAUGAUAAACUGUAAGAAAGUGAUGUUAACUUUAAGAUUUCCAGCUAUUAAAGGUACUCUGCGGAGUUUUUAACACACUGGUUGUGCUGUAGAGAAAUGUUUUGAAGAGUGAACAUGGCUGCAGGACGCAGUAACGUCUAUAUCAACAGUUGGUGUCAUGGUAACGAGCCAAAAAAGACAAUAGGACUGCAAACAAGCUGACACAGGAAGUUCAUGUUAAAAUGAAAAAAAGCCUUUUGAAAUACUUUUGUAAUAUUUAGAGUAGCAUUGAACAUGUUUUUUAGGCCUUAGAGACGUAUUGCAUUUUGGGAAGAAAUGUUGAAUGUAAACCUGUGUGUUUACAGUAGAAACUCCACAGAGUACCUUUUAACAGUCAGUCACCCGACAAAACGUAGUCAUAAUUCAGUAGAUUUCGUUGUGUGUUUAAAUAAAAAUGUGGUUUCACUGAAUAUUCCCUUCCAUUAAAAGAAAAGCAAAAAAAAUGAAAUGCAACAAAAUACAAACAAAACAGUAAAAACAUUGUUUAAUUCACUUCUUUUGGUUUAAAAUGACAGUAUUGUAUUUCUAGAACUCGUACAUACUGUGCUCACAUCAUGUAAAAUGAAAAUACUUUAAGGUAGUUUAUUCAGUAUGUUUAAGGACAAAAUGUAAUGUGGAUGAAAAGGCUUUUUUUACUUAGAUGAGCAGUUUUAUUUUGCGAUGUAUUGCUUGUAUUUGUUUAGUGAGUGCACUAAAUGUCUCUCUUGUCAGACACAGAACAGUUUUCAGCGCCAAGCUGCUACUUGCUAAAUUGGUAGGUGUUGAUGACUCUUAAAGCAACAUUUCAUGCUUUUUUCUUUGCGCUAUAAUAAGGAGCAAACAAUAUUUCUUUGCCUUUCGAGGCCAUCGAUAUCCCUGGGCCCCUUUACUGUCCUGCGUUGCCCUAGAGAUUUACAAUUCAGGAUGUGGCCCUUAAAUGAUGCUGGUUAAAGCCCCGAUUUCACGAAAAAUAAUUAAAUUAGUUUUUACAUUUUUAAAUUGCUGUAGCUGCCAGGUUAGCUGAUAUUGACAGUGGCUGUGUGAUUCACAUCUGGGCGUUUUGUUUCAAUUAUGUAAAAAUGUGCAUCGCAUCCCUGUUAAACCUGCAUCCCCGACAAAAAAUGAACAAAAAAAAGAUCCCAAGCAUCUAUUCUUUAGUUUUUUGUUUUUUUAUUUGUCAUUAACUAAAAUACCUCAUAACUUUCAUAUUAAUAUUUUUUGUCUGGUGUUGUGUAGAUCUAAACUGUUCAAGAAGCAGUUAACGUUUGGAGACUUUAAUGAAAGCAGGUUUUUUUUGUGGUUCUCCCCCAGAACUUAUGAUUUUAACACUGAUCUAUACGAGUGGGAUUAGCCUGUGCUCAUGUACAGUAUUAGACUGAAUUGUGCUGAUGUUAACAAAACCAAGUAAUGAUUUUAGUUGCUACUGCAAAUGACAGCGUAUUUUAGUAACUAGUAACACUAUUGGCCUUGUCGUAUACGCUAACCCUCCAAUGCCCUCAAAUGCUCACCUGUGUGAUUCACCAAUUUGUCUACUUGUGCGAUGCUUCACUUAGCUCAAAUCUAGAAUUGUAUCGAGAGUUCAGGGUUUUAGAAAUGAUCAGUGCAUAUGACAAAAGUCAAAUGCACUGAUCAUCUGUAAUCAGCAUUUUUUUAAGAAAAUUGUUAUUGUAGAAAAUAGGUUAUAAAGCUAUUUACAGAGUUACCUUUGGUUGCCUGGAUUGCAUCCUGUAUAUUCUUGUACGGAGGACUUCCUGGCAGUCGUUGAAGAGAUUUUAAAUGCUUGCGCCCUCUUGUACAUAUUGAUGUACCUCAGUUGUGGCGUUUACUGUGUUGACCCUGAGCAGUUGUGGUUUAUUUGUCCCCUCGCAGGGAGACCUGAGCCUCACUUUGCUGACCUUUUUCAGCUCAUAAAUAAGCUCACCGAUUUGCCUUACCCAGUCUCAUGUUGCCCCCCUAAAGUACUUGUUCAACAAAACACUAUGAGGAGGAGUAAUGCUGCUGACAUUACACUCCAACAAAUUCAAAACUAUCCCCAUGUUAGGGUACUUAAGCUAUCAACAAAGGGACAUUGUCCUGGUUGUCACAUGGUACAAUUUUACCUUAUUGAAUCUCGGUCUUUAAAGCUUCUUUAAUUUUUCACUGCAGAUGAUGUCAUACUUUUUAACUAAUGCAAGUGUUUUAACAUGGUAACCUCGUAAGCAUUCAAAAUGUGCAUACAUACACUCAUGUCUGCUAUAUUUAUGAUUACAUUCAAGAAUAGCUUUAGAGUGCUGUAGAUAAGUAUUGUCAAUGUCGAUUCAAAUGCUUCUCAGAGGCCUCUGUGAGUGAUUUUACAAAGUUCAAUAACUGUAUAUUUUCUAUUAUGUUCUAGCUCCAAAGGAAUGGCAGAAAAAAAGAAAAUGUUUAAAAAAGCUUUGUUCCCUGAACUAAAUUGUACUAUUUGUGUUCUCGAUUGAACAAAUUGCAUUCCUUGCUUGUGAAUUGAUGCAUUUCUCUCCCUGCUCCUUACAUUUUCUCCCCUUCUUUCCCUCCUUUCUUUCAUUUUUUAGCCUUUGAAGUUUGAAUAAAGUUUCUAGUUUGCAGAAUGUAUUACUAAAUAAAUGGG